GGUGGGGGGGUGGUGGUGGGAAGAGACGACGGAGAAAGGAAAAGGAGAGAAAGUGAAACGGGGAGAGUUCGGAUAGGGUGGGAGAGUUGGGAGGAGAGAUUCAGAGAUAACGAGAGCGAGACAAAACGCCGAGGGAGAAAGGCGAAGGCGGACGAGGCGAGGAUUUGGUAGUGAGGCGGAGCGCCGCUGGGCUCGAGUACACGAGGAGAGGGAAACGAAAGCGCUCGCGGCGAGAUUGUUCCCAAAAGCGAGACGGGACACCUCGAGACACAAGGGGGGACGGAGACGGAGCGAGACAGCGGGUGAAGGGGACGAGACGAGAGAGCGAGAGAGACGCGGAGGAGGAGGAGGGAGAGACGCUGAGGGACGCGGAGCCAAGAUGGCAGCGGCGGUAGCAGCGGCGCGGCCGGGCCCGAGCGCGCAAUGAGCGGGGCGCAUCUCGUCCACGCCGCGCGCUCCUCCUCCUCCUCCCUCUCCCAUGGCCCCCAUCUACGAAGGCAUGGCUUCCCAGGUGCAGGUGUUCUCCCCACACUUGGGAGCCUUCUUCAGCGCCAAGAAGCUCAAGGUGGAGUCCAGCGGCUACGGCUGCCAUGACGGCGCCGCUGCCUACCGCCGUAAGUACCAGCACCAGCACCACCACGGACACCCUGCCUUCCGGCCCGUUGGCGCUGCUGCUGCUGCUGCUGCUGCCGCCGCCACUGCCAGCGACCCCGGCUCGUCGCUCCUUCCACACGACGGCGGAGGCUCGGGGCCACUCGCGGGCGGCAUCGGUGGACCAGGCCCACCAGUCGGAGGGGCAGGGUCCUUGCCAGGUGGGGCAGCCGUGCCGGGAGCUGCGGGUGGGGGCCCCACACACAGCCUGAUGCGGCGCAGCACGGUCAGCCUGCUGGACACCUACACGCGCUGCGGGCUCAAGCGUAAGAGUGAGGAGCUGGACGCUUGUGCUGCUGCCGCCGCCACUGCUGCUGCCGCCACCACCGCCGGCGGUGGUGGUGGUGGCGCAAUGGGGGGCGGCAGUGGUUGCACAGGUGGUGGGAGAGGAGGUGGCAGCAGCGUGCUGAUGGUCGGCGAGGAGCCACCCCUGCAUGCAGCGCCACCACUGCUGCAGAGCAAUGCAGGUGGAGGUGGCACGGUGCCCGGUGGUGGCGCGGGUGGCGGAGGGAAGGCGGGGGGGCCAGCCGCGGAUGGGGACUACACACUGGUGCAACACGAGGUCCUGCGCUCCAUGACCAACAGCUAUGAGGUGCUGGAGUUUCUGGGGCGCGGUACGUUCGGCCAGGUGGUGAAAUGCUGGAAGCGCGGCACCAGCGAGAUCGUGGCCAUCAAGAUCCUGAAGAACCACCCGUCUUACGCUCGACAGGGCCAGGUGGAGGUGGGCAUCCUCGCGCGCCUGAGCUCGGAAAGCGCCGAUGACUACAACUUUGUGCGCGCGCACGAGUGUUUCCAGCAUAAGAGCCACACGUGCCUCGUCUUCGAGAUGCUGGAGCAGAACCUCUACGACUUCCUGAAGCAGAACAACUUCAGCCCGCUGCCCCUCAAGUACAUCCGACCCGUGCUGCAGCAGGUGGCCAGCGCACUCAUGAAGCUCAAGAGCCUGGGUCUCAUUCACGCCGACCUGAAGCCAGAGAACAUCAUGCUGGUGGACCCCGUGCGCCAGCCCUACCGUGUCAAGGUCAUUGACUUCGGCUCGGCCAGCCACGUCUCCAAGGCCGUGUGCUCCACCUACCUGCAGUCUCGUUACUACAGGGCUCCGGAAAUCAUUCUGGGUCUGCCAUUCUGCGAGGCCAUCGACAUGUGGUCGCUUGGCUGUGUCAUAGCGGAGCUUUUCCUGGGCUGGCCUCUCUACCCUGGCGCCUCUGAGUAUGACCAGAUCCGCUACAUUUCUGCAACUCAAGGCCUCCCACCGGAGCAGUUGCUCAGUGCCGGCACCAAGACGGGGCGGUUCUUCCAGCGCGAGACAGGAGCAGGAUACCCUCUGUGGAGGAUCAAGUCCCCAGAGGAGCACGAGGCAGAAACGGGAAUCAAAUCUAAAGAGGCAAGGAAGUACAUGUUUAAUUGCCUGGAGGACAUGGGCCAGGUGAACCCAGCGUCGGACCUGGAGGGCAGCGACGUGCUGGCGGAGAAAGCCGACCGGCGCCAGUUCAUCGAGCUGCUGCGCCGCAUGCUGACGAUGGACGCCGACAAGCGCAUAUCACCGCUCGAGACACUGGCGCAUCCCUUCGUCACCAUGACCCACCUUGUCGACUUCCCACGCACCAACCACAUCAAGUCGUGCUUUCAGAACAUGGAGGUGUGUAAGCGGCGGCUGCAACUGUACGAGCUGGGGCCCAGCAAGGCCCCAUUCCUCGCGCAGGUGGCACAGGGACCGUCGACAAACCUCACGGUCACUUUCAAUACCAUGCACACACAGGCGGCCGGGCCUCCGUCAGCUGGUGGGGCCACGUUGUCCUUGCUGAGCCCGGAGGUCGGCUCCCUGCUGGGCUACCCGUCCGCCCUCUAUCAGCCGGUGGCACGGGGCGGUGUGACGCUGGGCCCCGCAGGGCCCCCUCAGUACCCACCGCGCCACGACACCUACCAGCAGACACUCAUUGUGUGUCCGCCUCCUACCUUCACUGGCCUGCAGGCCUCCCCCAGCAAGCCGCCCGGCUUCUCGGUCGUGAGCCAAGCCCAGCCGCUCACGCUGGCGCCCCAGGGAGGGGGCCUCUUGGCCCAGGGAGGGCUGUUGGCACAGGUCGGCGGCACCCUGGUGCUACCUGCGUACCCGCCUCCCCGCGCCACGCUGCACACUGGCACAUAUUUGGAUGUUGUGCAGGCAUGGCCCAGCGGAGCCCAGCAGAUUCUCCUGCCAACCUGGCAGCAGUUGGCCGCUCCCCCACCUCCUCCGGUUCUCGCCGAGUCCCUCACCGACUGGAGGGCACCUCAUGCGCAUCGAACGUCGUACGGGACGCUGGUGCAGCAGCCGCCGAUCCUGGCAGGGCGCGUCACGCUCCCUGGAGGACCCCCCGUCGGUGUGGCUGUUGGGGUCGGGGGAGUGGCAGGGCCACACGUGAUGCAGCAGCAUCAACAGCAACAGCAGCAGCAGCAUCAACACCAGCAGCAUCAGCACCAACAGCAGCAGCAUCAACAGCAACAGCGGCACCAACAGCAGCACCACCACCAGCAGCACCAGCAGCCCCCAUCGCUGGUUCACGGCACACGCAAGCACAAGCCCAAGUCUUGCCGUGCUGCCUGCAGCCAAACCGGGGGGGAGCACAAGCGGAGCAACAAGGAGAACUGCUCCCCGCCAACGCCCCCUCUGGCCCCCUCGGGAUCCGCCGCCACCGCGCUGCUCCCGCACUGCACGGUGGUGCGCGGGAGCCCCCCGUCCCAGGGCAGCAGCUCAGGCGCAGUGUGGUGCGCCCCGCCCGGGGCCCACCGGGGUGCCCACACCAUCGUCAUCACGGACACGCCCAGCCCCAGCACCAGCGUCAUCACCAUCAGCAGCGACACGGACACGGAAAGGGAGGAGCGCACGUGCAGCCAAGCUAACGGCCACCAGCAGACCCCUAUCGGCUGUGUGACGGUGUGCGACUCCCCCGAGAGUGGCUCCCCAUCACCCGCAGGCCGUCCGUCGCCCGCAGGGGACUGGGGGUACAGGAAGCUAGCGCCCCCCUCAGCCAUGGUGCAGCCCCUGCAGCACCAGCACACAGACAAGAUCACUCUAGAUGCAUGUGGUGUUGGGGGCCGGGGAGUCAGGUUAGGUCUGCCGGGGGCUGGGCAGCAUGGCCUUCCUCACCGGGGAAGCCACAAUCAGCACCAGCAGCAGCCCUUAAACCUCAGCCAGCCCCCGUCAGGCAUAAGCGCCCGUCGCCAGCAGGCGUACAUCGCUCCCUACUGCUUCCCGCACGCGAGCCCCCCGCACGCGCUGCACACCCACCUGGCAGCACCUCCCCCGCCGCCCGCACAGACGCACCUCUACACCUACGCGGCCCACCUGGUGGGGCCCCCGCAUCCUUCCGCCGGGGGCCCUGCCGCACCCCCCCAGGGUCGUGGCUGCGCUGGCGCUGGCGGUGGUUUCCCGGGGGCCCUGGUGGCCAUCGGUCACCGCGUGCUGCCCUCGCCGCACUUUGCCGCUCUGCCAGUGAGGGCCCCGUACCUAGGCGCAUCGCAAGGCUCGGCAAUCUACACGGGCUACCCGCUCAGCCCCGGCAAGAUCGGCACGUUCACCUACAUGUGAUGAUCUUGGGGGGCUGAGCGAGUGGCGUCUCCGAAUUUUUAUUAGAGGUUUGUGGGGUGGGGAGGGGUGUAGGGGGUCGGAGUACGAAGAUGGUGGAUCCCAUCGAAAUUCAACAUUCAAACUAGGAUUGAAUGAUCUGUUCCUCCGUGAUACAGAAUGUGGUUUACAUCUGGGAAUGUACAUUUGUUUAUCUAGAGUUCUGCAUUGUCAAAAGGUUUGUAUUUUAAUAUAACUUAUUAAGGCCCAUGAGAGACCUUUUCCAUUAAUUUAAUUUUCCUGCUUUGGAGCCGUGGCUCGUGAUUACCAGAGGGUGUUUUUCACAUUUUUUAAUUUACACUAUUGCAGUAGCACCCAGUGCCCACUUGGUAUGGAUAGGUUUACAGCAGAGCUUCUGAGUAAUGCUCCCUGAGAAACUACCAAAGAAUGGAACUGGGCUCUGUUUUGGUUUAAAAAAAAAAGUAACCUUUGUGGAUGCAUUGACCUUCAGACCACGCAGUAAUAUUUACCAAAUGUUUCUUCCAAGAAAAUAUUUUUGGGGGAAUUCAAAUAAGAAAUAUGUAUUUUCAACUCUGACUUUAACAGGUUUUAAUCAUGUAUGUACUUUUUUACGUAAUGCAACGUUUUACGAGCUGAUAUUUUACAAUAUUGACUUAUGAGUUGUGCUUUCACGAACUUUGUAAUUUCGUGAAGAGUGAAAAUCAUUCUUCACACUCAACGUGCAAGCCGCUGCCAAUGUGCACUUUCUGUCGUGAAUGAAAAUUGUAUUGAACAAAUUUGAUCAUUAAUGCGACCCCAUUCAAAACUGCAUUUUUAUCUUUUUCAUCAGAGUAAGCAUUUAACGACAAACAAUUUUGUAACAAUGACAAAAAUGCAGAACUCUAUGUAUGCAAUACAAUUUUUUAUAGCGUCAAAAUACACAUUUAUCUCUAGAUGUGGUGUGUAUUGUACGUGCUUGAACAAUUUUUUUUUUAUAUAUAUAUCGAAGCUAACUUGCCAUGGUUGGCCUUCUUAAAGCAGUGCCAUGGCAAUGCUGUUGAUUGUCGGCUUUGAACUUCACUGAUCCGUUAUGAAUUUGUGUGUCAAG